AUUUAAUUGGACCGAAACAGCAAGAAAUAAAAUAAGUUACUUAAAAGCAGAAAUUGAAACCUAGAAAAUAUUGAAAAAAUUUAUUAAAAAUGUCAAUAACACAAAGAGUUCAGCAAUGGGCAACUUUUGGAAGAGUAUGGCAUGUCUAUGAUUGUUCCUAUCAAAAUCCCUUCGAUAGCGCUAAAGUAAUAGUGAAGUAUUUGAAAGGAAUGCAAAAACCAAUUUAUCAUCCAAUGAAUGACUGUGGAGAUCAUGUUGUUUGCAUCAAUACCAAACAAAUAGCACUUCCGGGUGAUGAAUGGACUAAAAGAGCUUAUUUCCAUCAUACUGGAUAUCCUUCAAGUGCUACAUGGACGCUUGCAUGGGAAUUACACUCAAAAGAUCCUAUGAUGAUCAUGAAGAAAGCAAUUUAUCGAUCUUUAGGAGGAAAUUUACAGCGCCGACAUACAAUGCAACGUCUUCACUUAUUUAAAGAUGAUAAAGUUCCACAAGAAGUUUUAGAUAAUAUUACGAAUCAAAUCAGACAGCUUAGACCAGUUCCUCAGAGAUUAGAUCAUAUUGACCAGGAAGUUAUUGAUAAUUUCCCAAAAAUUAUGGACUAUCCAGAAGAUUACUUACCAAAAGCAAUAAAAUGAAACUAUAUAGCUAUAUGAUUAGUAUUAUG